AAACUUUCUGGCAACAGCAACAAUAUCAGAUUUUGGGCAUCAACUGUGACCGCAACAGCAGCCACAACAUUUGGACCUUGUGACCAGAAGCUUGUUUGUUUUUAAAAAAUGCUUUGAGAAUGGAAACUCUGGCUCUUUCACCCUGUUUUGUUCCAUCAGUUACUCGUUUAUCUCCAGCUGUUCCUGUUAGUGCUCGUUCCUUUUGCGGCAGAAGCUCAAGAGGCAUUCUUACCUUGUCUGGCUCCCGCUCUUGUCUUCGUACGCUGAGAUGCUCAGCAGUUUCUGCUCCAUCGUUAGUCGAUGCUGAUGCGGUGAAGUUUAUAGAAGCUUCCAAGGAUGGAAACUUAGUUCCUCUUUACCGUUGCAUAUUCUCUGACCACUUGACUCCUGUGCUUGCUUAUCGCUGUUUGGUUAAAGAAGAUGAUCGUGAAGCUCCGAGCUUCUUGUUUGAGUCAGUUGAGCAGGGUUUUGGAUCGUCGAAUGUUGGACGUUAUAGUGUGGUUGGAGCUCAGCCAACAAUGGAAAUUGUGGCAAAGGAGAAUCUCGUUACAAUUAUGGACCAUGAGAAAGGGUGUAGGACUGAGGAGUUUGUAGAGGAUCCAAUGGUAAUUCCUCGGAGAAUCAUGGAGAGUUGGAAACCGCAGCUGAUUGAAGAGCUUCCAGACGCAUUUUCUGGUGGAUGGGUGAGUUUUUUCUCAUAUGAUACUGUGCGGUAUGUGGAGAAGAAAAAGCUUCCAUUCUCAAGUGCGCCUGAAGAUGAUAGAAACCUUGCAGAUGUUCAUCUGGGCCUCUAUGAUGAUGUUAUAGUGUUUGAUCAUGUGGAGAAGAAAGCAUAUGUGAUCCAUUGGGUGCGGUUGGAUCGGUACUCUUCAGUUGAUGAGGCUUACACUGAUGGAAUGAAUCGCUUGGAACUUUUAGUCUCUAGAGUACAAAAUAAUGACCCACCAAGGCUGUCAGCAGGUUCUAUGAAUUCAUACACUCGCCUUUUUGGUUCUUCGUUGAAAAUGUCAAGCAUGACAAGAGAGGCAUACAAGAAAGCUGUAUUGAAAGCUAAAGAACAUAUCCUUGCUGGGGAUAUUUUCCAAGUAGUAUUAAGUCAACGUUUUGAGCGCCGAACAUUUGCUGAUCCAUUUGAAGUAUACAGAGCACUGAGAGUUGUGAAUCCAAGUCCAUACAUGGCUUAUCUACAGGCCAGAGGAUGUAUUCUGGUUGCUUCGAGCCCAGAAAUUCUCACUCGUGUGAAGAAGGGGAAGAUUAUUAACCGACCGCUUGCUGGGACUAUUAGAAGAGGGAAGACAGACAAGGAGGAUGAGAUGUUGGAAAAGGAGUUGCUUAAUGAUGAAAAGCAAUGUGCAGAGCACAUUAUGCUAGUUGAUUUGGGAAGGAAUGAUGUUGGAAAGGUCUCCAAAGCUGGUUCUGUUAAGGUGGAGAAGCUUAUGAAUGUUGAGCGGUACUCGCAUGUAAUGCACAUUAGCUCUACAGUUACAGGUGAAUUACUUGAUGGUCUCACUUCCUGGGAUGCACUGCGUGCAGCAUUACCUGUUGGAACAGUGAGUGGAGCACCAAAGGUGAAGGCCAUGGAACUGAUAGAUCAGCUGGAAACCACUAGGCGCGGGCCUUAUAGUGGUGGUUUCGGAGGCAUUUCCUUUGCUGGAGAUAUGGACAUCGCUCUUGCUCUCAGGACCAUCAUUUUUCCUACUGCAACCCGUUAUGACACAAUGUACUCAUACAAGGAUGCGAACAAACGCCGGGAAUGGGUGGCCCACCUUCAAUCUGGUGCCGGGAUUGUGGCUGACAGUGUACCCGACGAUGAGCAGAGAGAGUGCGAGAACAAAGCAGCUGGACUUUCCUGUGCCAUUGAUCUUGCAGAGUCAACCUUUGUUGAUAAAUAGAAAUUGGGGUUUAGAUUGGGUGGUGAGGGGGGCCCUGCUUUUUCUGUGGGUUACCAUGGGAUAGGAAGUCAAAUAUAGAGACUAGAGAUAACUAUGCUCUGUUCUUUAUAUAAUGCGAAAUCUUUUUAGGUUCAGAUGUGUGAACUGUACUGACUACUGAGUCGUGGGUGCAUUGCAUUUUGAGAGAGAAUUCUAUGGUGUAUCUUUUUACAUAUUUUCCCGAGGAGUUGGUAAAAAAAUAGUGAUUCACAUU